AACUAGAGGACCUUUCUGAAGGUCUUUCGGUGUCAAACUGAUAUAAAUAGUUAAAAGUGGACUGCUCCUACUCCUCAGUGCUCCAACAUGAUUUGGCUUGUGACUUUCCUGUCCUGCAUUGGGCUGCUUUGUGCCGAAGAACCUUUCGACCAUAAUGUGCACAAUGAGAGAGUCAUAGGAGGUCAUGAUGCUAAACCCAACACCUGGAAAUGGCAGGUUUCUCUGCAGCAUGGUUCAUCCGAUGAGGAAUCAUUCUAUCACAUCUGUGGAGGCUCCGUCAUUGACAGUUUAUACAUCAUGACUGCAGCUCACUGUAUUCUCAGCAUGGAUGCUAAACAGUACCGUGUGGUGGUGGGGGAGUACAACCUGUUUGAGUAUGAUGGCAGUGAGCAGUUCAUCCGUGUGGAAAAGAUUGUUGUCCAUCCUGGUUGGAAUGGUGACCUUGCCAAUGGAAAUGAUAUUGCUCUCUUGAAACUGGCUAACCCCAUAUAUGACAACGGUUACGUGGCUAUAGCUGAGCUUCCCUACCGUGAACAGAUGCUGCCUCAUGGUUUCAACUGUACCAUCACUGGUUGGGGAUUAAUGGAUUAUGAAGGGAGCAUCCCCACCAUCCUGCAGGAAGCUCCUCUUGAUGUGGUGGAGCAUUCAGUCUGUUCUCAGUAUGACUGGUGGGGCAGCGUUGCUCUGAAAACCAUGGUGUGUGCUGGAGGGGAUGGAAUCAUAUCAGGCUGCCAGGGCGACUCUGGAGGUCCCCUGAGCUGUUACACUGACAGAGCCUGGAGAGUCCAUGGUGUUGUCAGUUAUGGUCCAGCUGGCAUGUGCAACCAGUAUAAAAAACCCACAGUCUUCACCAGAGUCUCCUCCUUCCUGGACUGGAUGUAUUCUGUUAUGGAUGGCCCAGAAGAAGAUGAUUCAGGAAAAUGAGCCAAUUUUGUGUUGCAUCCUCAUCAUAUUUCCUUACUUUGAGACCUUUCCUACUUCUUAAGAAUGUCUUCAUAACUUUAAAAAAUAAAUUAAUUGUAACUCACCUUACAAAUAUUGUUAAAUGGACAUUUUAAGAUUUCAUUUCAUUCAUAGUUAGAACAGAUGUAUAAUGUUUGCAAACGCGCUACACCAUCUUCCCUUCAAAUGCAUGAAACUCACUCUUUUUAUUAAAAAUCAUGCCUGACGCACA